AUGACCUUGAGGAGUGACAAGGAGGUCCAAGGACCCGAACCUGUGAUCCCUAAGAACAAAGAUGAGGAAAAUAUCGAAAACGAGCUUGAGAAGGAGGGUCCAUUAAAAGAAACUUGGAUAAUUAUUCAAUUGGCUGAUCGAACUAAUGCAUAUUCUGAUGAGUUGGUUGAAGAUGUGUUGGUUAAAAUUAAUGAUUUAGUAUUUUUAGCUGACUUUUAUGUACUUGACAUGGAUGAUGAUCUCUCCCCCGAUAUCUCACCUCUGCUAUUAGGUAGACCCUUUUUUAACACAGCACAGACUAAAAUUGACGAAGUGUUUGAAACUGUUGGUAGGGAUGAGUUGAAAGUUGCUUUAACCAAGCACUUAGAGUUGGAGACAACUCCUGAGAUAAAGGUACUACCAUCUGUGGUGCAGGCACCGGUGUUGGAGUUGAAACCCUUGCCGAAGCACUUGAAAUAUGCGUAUCUGGGCGACAACGAAACACUCCCGGUGAUUAUCUCAACUGCACUCUCGAAAACCCAUGAGGAGAAACUAAUCCGGAUAGUAAUUGCACCAGAGAAUCAAGAGAAGAUGACCUUCACGUACCCGUUCGGGACCUUCGCAUAUAGACGGAUGUCAUUCGGGUUGUGCAAUGCACCUGCAAUAUUCCAGAGAUGUAUGAUUUUACAAAAAGAUGUGACCUUCGAAUUCGAUGACAAGCGUGAGAGAGCCUUCGACAAGUUGAAGGAUCUAUUCCAGCCUCAUGACUGGAGUUUUCCAUUUAAGAUCAUGUGCAAUGUCAGUGAUCAUGUUGUAGGAGUUGUGUUGGGGCAAAGAUUGGGAAAGGCAGCUCAUGUCAUCUGCUAUACAUCCCGGGUCUUGAACGGAACUCAAUUAAACUACUCCACUACUGAGAAGGAGUUUCUUGCAGUUAUUUUUGCCUUAGAGAAGUUUAGGUCAUAUUUGUUAGGUGCUCAAGUUAUUGUAUUUUCUGAUCAUGCAGCGUUAAGGUACCUAAUGACCAAGAAAGAUGCAAAAUCGAGACUCAUAAGGUAUAUAUUGCUCUUACAAGAAUUUGACCUGGAAAUAAGGGAUAAAAGAGGUUCAGAGAAUCUAGUAGCCGACCAUUUGAGUCGCAUACCAGUUGAAGGUGAGAAUGAGCCAUUGAAGGAUGCAUUCCCUGAAGAACACUUAUUUUCUCUCAAUUCUCAAUUGUCUUGGUAUGCUGAUCUAGUUAACUACUUGGUAACUGGUAAUUUUCCUGCAGGUUAA